CAGACCAGUGGGCAACCUGGGCCCGAGCGGAGCAAGCAGCGUCUCUGGCCAGAGAGGAGGCUGAGCCCCUCAUCCACACAUGGAGCAGCCCAGGAAAGGCAGGUGGGGCACCAGUGCCCAGGGGAACUUUAGCCAGAUGUCCAGGGUAGCUUGAUCUUCCUAAUACUGGUCCAGGGUUACUUGGACCUGAAGCCUGUCCCCUGAUGAACCCUGUCCUUUGCUCCCACCCCCUCUCUCCCGGUCCACCAGCCUGAUUCCUGAACAACUCAGGAACUCGCCGUCUCCUUCCCCACACUGCCCCCUCUCCCAACCAGGCUAGGACUCUCCCAGAGGACAGCAUCUGUCUGCCCACCUUUGAGAGUUUUAAACACAAGCCUGAGCCGACUCUUCCUGGCAUAAAGCACCUUAGUUCCUCCCAGAGGCUGAGGACAGAGGCUGGUGAGGCCACCUCGUCCCUGCCCCAUCUCUCCCCAGUCCCACUCCCUGCAGCUUCCACCUCCCUGACCCUGCUCCCGCCUGCCUCUGGGCCUCUGGGCCUCUGCACAGCCUCUCCUGUAGCUACAGCCCCCUUCUCACCACCCUCCCCCACUCAACCAAAUGACCCUGUUUCUCCUUCAGCUCUCAGCCGGUCAGCUCCUGCAGGACGCCCUCCUCACUCUCUGCAAAGUCCUCUAUUCUCUCACCAGACACUUAUCCUGGAGUUGCCCUCUGACUUGCUGAGCCCCCCAGCUGUAAUCCCCUGACACUGGGGGUGCUUGGUCAGCCCUAGCAGGGGGUCUCAAAAAAUGCUUGUUGAUGGACUGAUUGUCCUCAGUCUAACUGACUGUUGACUGAUGGAACGUCUUGCCGCCUGACUUUCCUUCUCUGGCAGCCACAGUAUGGGGUAAGCUGCAGUGAGGUUCUUGCAGAGAGGAUGGGGCAAGAAGCCCAGCAGAAGGGAGAGCAUGAACCCCCCAACCCGAGACUCACCCCUUUUCUUUUGAAUUAGGAAUCAAAAAAUAACCAGGGCCUUGGGGUGAUGGGCCCUUGGUGCCCAGGUCCUGACAUCUAUGUGGGCAGCUGAGCUGAACUCUCCCCUGCCUCAGACCACUCCUCCUUUCCUCCUCCCCUCUUCUCUCUCCUCCUCUUUGUCCCCUCCCUUCCAGCCCCUCUGGCCCUGCCCCAGAGCAGCAGAACACCCAGCUGACAGCUGGACAUGCCAGUCCCCACCAGCCCUUCCCCAGAGGGUCAGGUGACCCUUCCCUCCCCAGGCCACGGCAGCCCGGCCCUCCGGGGCAGACCUCCCUCACCAGGGCUCUGGUGAACAGCAAAUGCACCACGCUGGGACGGGCCGUUGCCUGAUGCCUGUACAUGGUGGGCACUGAGAGACAAGAUUCCUGGGCCCUGCCUUCCAUACACUCCCCACGAUCUCGGAGGAAGCUCUGGCUGGCUACCUGGUAGACAAUUGCUGCCAAUCCGUCCAAGUCCAGGGGCAAGGGAGUUUCCACUGCUGUGCCACAGGCUGCGCUGAAGGCCCAGGGGUCUUCCCUGCUCACACUGCGCUCUCUGAGGAGAGGACCCCGCUGAGAGCCCACAGACAGGAGGACAACUGCACUAUGACAGCAAUAAAGGCCAAGAAGGAGAAAGUUGAGGACCGCUGACAGCCCCGCGUGCUUGUUGGGAGCUGCCCUUUCUACUUCACACCUUCCUCUAGCAGACUGUGCAGGGACCCCCCACCACCACCAUCUGCCACCAUGGUUGUGCAAAACAGCGCAGACGCCGGGGACAUGAGGGCAGGCGUGCAGCUGGAGCCCUUCCUGCACCAGGUCGGGGGGCACAUGAGCGUGAUGAAGUAUGACGAGCAUACGGUGUGUAAGCCCCUCGUCUCCCGGGAGCAGAGGUUCUAUGAAUCCCUGCCGCUGGCCAUGAAGCGGUUCACCCCACAGUACAAAGGUACCGUCACAGUGCACCUCUGGAAAGACAGCACAGGCCAUCUCAGCUUGGUUGCCAACCCAGUGAAGGAGAGCCAGGAGCCCUUCAAGGUCUCCACAGAGUCGGCGGCGGUGGCCAUAUGGCAGACGCUCCAGCAGACCACCGGCAGCAAUGGCAGCGACUGCACCCUUGCCCAGUGGCCGCAUGCCCAGCUGGCACGCUCACCCAAGGAGAGCCCAGCCAAGGCUCUUCUGAGGUCCGAGCCCCACCUCAACACUCCAGCCUUCUCGCUGGUAGAAGACACUAACGGAAACCAGGUUGAGAGGAAGAGCUUCAACCCAUGGGGCCUGCACUGCCACCAGGCCCACCUGACCCGCCUGUGCUCUGAGUACCCAGAGAACAAGCGGCAUCGGUUCUUGUUGCUGGAAAAUGUAGUGUCACAGUACAUGCAUCCCUGUGUCCUGGAUCUGAAGAUGGGGACCCGGCAGCACGGCGAUGAUGCGUCGGAGGAGAAGAAGGCCCGCCACAUGAGGAAGUGUGCGCAGAGCACCUCAGCCUGCCUGGGUGUGCGCAUCUGCGGCAUGCAGGUUUAUCAAACAGAUAAGAAGUACUUUCUCUGCAAAGACAAGUACUAUGGAAGAAAACUCUCAGUGGAGGGGUUCAGACAAGCCCUCUAUCAGUUCCUACAUAAUGGAAGCCACCUCCGGAGGGAGCUCCUGGAGCCCAUCCUGCACCAGCUCCGGGCCCUCCUCUCCGUCAUUAGGAGCCAGAGUUCAUACCGCUUCUACUCCAGCUCUCUCCUCGUCAUCUAUGAUGGGCAGGAACCACCAGAAAGAGCCCCAGGCAGCCCGCAUCCUCACGAGGCUCCCCAGGCAGCCCACGGUAGCUCUCCCGGUGGUCUCACCAAGGUUGACAUCCGCAUGAUUGACUUUGCUCAUACCACAUACAAGGGCUCCUGGAAUGAGCACACCACCUACGAUGGACCAGACCCUGGCUAUAUUUUUGGCCUGGAAAACCUCAUCAGGAUCCUGCAGGAUAUCCAAGAGGGAGAAUGAAACUUCCUGGGCUUAUCUGGAUUCUUCUGGGCUAUAGAUCUCAAAUAGAGACCUGUUGGUUGCUAGGGUAGUCCAGACACCCCUUAGAUGUCUUCAUAAUAGUCCUAUCUACCUUCAAAACCAUCUCUAUAUAUGGCAGACUAUAUUAACAGCUGCUGAACAAAUCAGCUCUGGAGGUGAUUCCACAUCCCCUGGCAUUAUGCUCUAAUGCUGCUCAUCGGAGAACGGACAGCCAGGAUAAAGUGGCACCUUCUGGAGUACACUGGAGGGGGCAGCCCAAGUUAGAGGCCAGCAUUGCUGACAUUCUGGAAUAUUUGCAUCUAAAAAUGUUUACUCGUUGCCAUGCUGCAGUCCGCACAAGCUGUGAGGCAGAAAACUUGACUUGAAGCAGCCUUGAAGAGUGAGUUCAUGAGCUCAUGGUUUUUCUCCUUGUAUGGACUGCUCGCUCCAAGGGCAGGCAGAGCUCAUGAAUGCCUCUUAUCUUCCUAAGCGGAGUUUUAGGUGACACAGGAUGAAGCAGAAGAGAUCUACCCAUCUCACCUGCUCUGCACCCAGCUUCUAAGUGGACAAAGCCAAGCCCAGGCAUGAGCUCUGGCAAAGCAAGACCCCAGAUUCUCCAUUUUUGCCUGUGGAAAGGAGGGUCCCUUUACAGGCUUUUUUUUCCUUUUUUUUUUCCCCAAAAUCUCUUAAAAUGAGGAAUCUCUUAGCAGACUUUUGAGUUCCCCAUUCUGCCACAUUCUGACCAUGAGACGCGGCUUGCAGUGGGGGUGAACGCACAUAAAAAGGGACCACUGACGUCCAGCUCUACUCUCUGCUUUCUAUUUAUUUAUUUUGGGGGUGGGUUGGGGAGUCAGAAGAACCUGGAGGACGGAGGAAACCAGGGGCAAUGUUUACAAGACUGGUGGACAAGUGUAAAUAUGGAAUAAGAACAAACAGUUCUAAUUAAUUCCUUCUUCUGCAGUACGGAAACCUAUUACAAUGCCCUUGAGUCAAGCACUGAGAUACGUUACCCAAUUAGGGAAAUAAAUUUGUUAAUAAAAUUGCUGAGGUCACCAGUGAUUAUUGGUGUGCCUUAUUACCCUU